CGGCGCUCGUGGAGCAGCUUCCCCGUCAGUCCGUCCCAACCGCUGCCCGAGCCCGGGGCUCUCCGCGGCCCUCGGGACGGGAAAGGAAGGAACCCCGCCUUGAGCCGGCCGAGCUUCCUCAGCCUGCUCGAGGGGUCCGGCGGGGGUGUCGCUGCGGCCGCCUCCCCCUUCCCCACAUGGCGGCCCCCCUGAAGAAGGGCCCCGGGGGCCUCAUUGGCCUCAUGAAGGACGCCUUCCAGCCCCAUCACCACCACCUCGGCCCCCACCAGCCCGGCACCGUGGACAAGAAGAUGGUCGAGAAGUGCUGGAAGCUGAUGGACAAGGUUGUGCGUUUAUGUCAGAACCCCAAGCUGGCACUAAAGAACAGUCCUCCCUACAUUCUAGACCUGCUUCCUGACACCUACCAGCACCUGCGAACCAUCCUGUCCUGCUACGAGGGGAAGAUGGAGACUCUGGGAGAGAACGAAUACUUCCGGGUGUUCAUGGAGAACCUGAUGAAGAAGACAAAACAAACCAUCAGCCUCUUUAAAGAAGGGAAAGAAAGAAUGUACGAAGAGAAUUCCCAGCCGAGGCGCAACCUGACCAAAUUGUCUCUGAUCUUCAGCCACAUGCUGGCAGAACUGAAAGGCAUAUUUCCAAACGGCCUCUUCCAAGGAGACACUUUCCGAAUCACGAAGGCAGAUGCAGCCGAGUUUUGGAGAAAAGCCUUUGAGGAGAAGACUAUUGUCCCAUGGAAAACCUUCCGCCAAGCAUUACACGAAGUCCACCCCAUCAGUUCCGGCCUGGAAGCCAUGGCAUUGAAAUCAACCAUUGACCUGACGUGCAACGAUUACAUUUCAGUGUUUGAAUUUGAUAUUUUUACCCGUCUAUUUCAGCCCUGGUCUUCUUUGCUCCGAAACUGGAAUAGCCUUGCAGUGACUCAUCCCGGCUACAUGGCGUUCCUGACCUACGAUGAGGUCAAAGCCCGGCUUCAGAAGUUCAUUCACAAACCUGGAAGUUACAUUUUUCGUCUGAGUUGUACCCGACUGGGUCAGUGGGCAAUUGGCUAUGUCACUGCAGAUGGAAACAUCCUCCAGACAAUUCCCCACAACAAACCUCUUUUUCAAGCACUGAUUGAUGGCUUCAGGGAAGGCUUUUACUUAUAUCCCGAUGGAAGAAACCAGAAUCCGGACCUGACCGGCCUGUGUGAGCCCACACCCCAGGACCACAUUAAAGUCACCCAGGAGCAGUACGAACUCUACUGCGAGAUGGGCUCCACUUUCCAGCUCUGUAAAAUCUGUGCCGAGAACGACAAAGAUGUGAAGAUAGAACCCUGCGGGCACCUCAUGUGCACCUCUUGUCUCACGUCAUGGCAGGAAUCGGAGGGGCAGGGGUGCCCGUUCUGCCGCUGUGAAAUUAAAGGCACGGAGCCCAUCGUGGUGGACCCUUUCGAUCCCCGGGGAGGGGGAGGCCUUCUGAGGCAAGGGGCAGAAGGAACCCCCUCUCCAAAUUACGACGAUGACGAUGACAGGACGGACGAAUCCCUGUUCAUGAUGAAAGAGCUGGCUGGUGCCAAGGUGGAACGUCCUCCGUCUCCAUUUUCAAUGACUCCCCAGGCGGCCCUUCCGCCAGUACCUCCACGGUUGGACCUUCUGCAGCAGCAGCAGCGGGUGCCCAACCCACCUGGCGCUUCGAGCCCAGGAACCACUUCCAAGGCUGUACCCGGUUCUCUCCACAAAGACAAACCUCUGCCGAUCCCACCGACUCACCGAGAUCUUCCACCACCACCUCCUCCAGACAGGCCCCACGCCAUUGGGGCAGAGUCUCGGUCCCAGAGACGCCCCUUGCCUUGCACUCCAGGAGAUGGCCCUUCCAGGGACAAGCUGCCCCCCGUGCCCUGCAACCGCCAGGGAGAGCUCUGGCCCUCGCGACCCCUGCUGAAGGCUCCCGCUGAAGCCUGGGCCAACAGGGAGCUGAAGAACCGGCAUUCCCUCCCCUUCUCGCUGCCUUCUCAGAUGGAGGCCAGGGUGGAGCCUCACAGACUGGGCAGCACCCUGAGCCUGGACACUCCUGUGAAUCAACUGGGGCUUCCUGCUGGCUUAGACAGCGAGCAUUCUAAAAUCAAACCAUCUUCUUCUGCCAAUGCCAUCUAUUCUCUUUCCAUAAGAUCAUUGGUUGCCCCAAAACUGCUCUCUGGAGAGGCCUCUGGGAAUGACGAAGACUCCGAGUACAUGUCCCCUUCCUCCUUGCCACUGGUGCCACCUGGCUGUGCGGGACAGAAACCCGAUGCCAAGCUGCCUUCGGAAAUGAAUCCUGGUUCACGCGUCUUGGAAGGUGAGCAGGAAAUGGAGGGAAUGACUUACGAAGCAAUGUUCAACAUUCAGUCCCAGGCAGCACCGUGUUCAUCCGAAGCUGCCGGCGUGCCUGACGUAGGUGAUAUGGUAGCUGAGGACGACGUCCCCAACGGUCCCGAGGAGUCAGAGAACGAGGAAGACGGUUACGAUGUCCCCCACUCGUCUGCCCAGCCCGCCGCCGCCGUCACCGCUCGCCGCACCCUGUCCGAUAUCUCCAAUGCAGCCACUUCCUUCAGCCGGGCCUCUCUGGACGGCGAACUUCUAACAGAUGCCUCGGACGUCUCCCAGGUUCCCGAGAGGCCCCCGAAACCUUUGCCCCGGAGAAUAAACUCUGAACGGAAGGCGGGUAGUAGCUGCCUGCAGGCCAGCGGAGCAGGACCGGUCCCCGCGGCCUCCCCGCAGCUAUCCUCCGAGAUCGAGAACCUCCUGAGCCAAGGCUACGCAUAUCAGGACAUCCAGAAAGCCCUGCUCAUCGCCCACAACAACAUUGACAUGGCCAAGAAUAUCCUCCGGGAGUUCGUCUCCGUUUCUUCCCCCACGCACGUGGCCACAUAGCACGCUCCCCCCCCCCUCUCUCUUGGCCCUUACCUGGAGCCCCGUGGGUCCACCUACCCAGGCAGCCUCUUGCCCGCAUCGGCCUGGAGUUGAGUAGAGGCUUCUGGAGGGAUUCCCCUGCAGAGCCAGGCCCAUCUCUGCUGAGAUUCGGUCAUCAGGGUUUUUUUUUUGUGCAAGGCCAGGUGGUUUGUUUUUUUUCCCGAGUGGCGUGAAACGGAGCAGAUAGGUGUGUGUCUUCAGCGGUCUUCAUGUACCUCCAACAGUCUUCAUGUACCUUUGCCCGCCCAUCCAACACCUCCCCAGCCCCGUCUUCCUCUCCUUGCACUUUUCUGAUCGGAGAGAACUCUGGAUAGACUGGUCACCGGUUUCCUUCGCCGUUAGAACGCGGGGAAGGGUUUGGUCAACUUGUCUCGUGCUGUGAAUAUCCAACCGGAGGCCAAGAUGCUGAAGGUAUCUCCUCCUCCCCGUCCCCCCAUCCCUGGUGGUUUGGGAUACUGCACGCAGGCCUCUUUGC